GUCUCCCAUUCGACUUGGUGGCCGACACAACGUCACACUCUCAAAUUAAAACGUGAAAACCCACAAAAUUUUUUGUUAUUUGCACGAACCAUUUUUUGACCUACCGACGAAUAAAACUUGUGUGAUUUUGAUCGAUUGACAGACAUUUGUGUGCAGAAUAAUUUCAGUUGCUCUGUGGUGUGUGUGUGUGAAUCACGUGGUUGGCCCAAACGUUUGUCUGUGUGCCCACACGAUGGUGGCCUACCCGCCAUUAAAAAAGCCCGCGAUCUUCUCCAGACUUGGAUACGACUGUGCUGCUGCUGCAGUGACAUCACGAAAAAUUCCAACGUAAUUGCGUUCUGCACAACAGGGCGUGGUGACUGACUAUACCGGAGGCGCUUGGUGGGAUUAAAAUAAAUAGUCACGAAAGAGCGGAGCCGGAAUUUUCUCUUCAUUCCGGAAGAAGAAAGAAAGAAGGUGAAAAGGAGAGAAAGUGAAAGAAGUGGCAGGUCGAAUGGUUGCCAACGAGAUUGCUGGGUCUGGACAGGUGGAUGUCUUCCUCGGAGGCGGUAGCAGGUGGACGACAUCAUCUACUACAGGAAUAACUUCCGUGACAUGCCAGGCCAGUAGACUGUCGGGGGUAACGACAACAACAGGAGAAAGAGGGGGCGUAGUAGGGACGGCGUCGGCGCCAACGACGACGCCACCCGGUGGCGAUGCGGUCAACUUGAGCCAACGCUACGGACCUCACUCGACUGCGGACAGACAUCGCACCACGGCCGCCGCCGCUCAGGGGUGGGCGGAUACGCGCCAACCGUCGCCCGACAUUGGACCGUCAGAGACGGACGAGAAAGGUCUUCCACCUCCGCAGUCUCCUCGGCGAAACUCGUCGUCAUCCGUCGACGAUUUGGACCGCGUCCAACAGCAGCAACAAAAACGUUCAGUUGGCAACUCUUGUCUGGAUUCCGGUAGCAGCAGCAGUGCAAGUGGCGCAGUGCAUUAUCGUGUGGUUUCCUCCUCCAGCGACGGAAGCGGAUUGCGGAUUAAUAACAAGAGCAGUGCAACUGUCGGCGGCUCCACUGGAGGACAGUCGGAUGGGGAGGAUUCAGUGAUUGAGGCGGAAGAAGAGCAGCAACCGAGUCGAAAGUCCAUCAACAUCAUCCACGCUGGUGUCGUUAAUGAUGCCCUGGAUGCUCCGCAGAAGUCGGACGAUCAGCAGCACGACGACAAGAUGCCGCGCCAGUCGCACUACGAUUCCGGCUCGGUACAACAUCAACAACAACAACACGCACAAUGGCAGACGCAAGGAGGAGGAGAUUGUGAUGAAAUCAACAACACGAGUCUUUCUUCAUCUUCUUCUUCUUCCGGCGGAGGAGGAGGAGGAGUCCCGCUCAAAUCGGCGCUAAAGAGGCCAACGGCUGGACGCUGCGGCGGAGUGGCCGGAACGUUGCAGCAGCUGCAAUCGUUGCGCAAAAAGGCCCGGGUCCGGUUCAACGAGGCGCUCAACACUUUCCUCGAGUGCGAUUACGUCAUUUACGUUGACGACGACGAGUACGACCUGCUCUACCACUUGGAUGCCGUGGCAGCAGCAGCUGCUGCGGCGGCCGCCGCUCAGGCGGAAGCCGAAUUAGCCGAUCCAGCCAAUGUUUCCCCAGCAGCUUCUCUUGUGAUUACGACGACGGAACAGCCUCAAUUAGUCAACGUUCGCUCGUUUGAACUGCAGUUGCCCGAAACGUCGACUUGUGUCAGUCACGGACCCGUCACGGGAUCAGCAGCGCCGGCUGUUGUAGCCUCGACGGGCGAGGCCGGGACGUUGAGUCCUCCCGACGGUUACAAGGACGCGGCCGCUUUCUACGCCGCCGCCGCUGCCCUGGUCGAUCUGGAAAACCACGUCCAUCUUUCCGGCUUCGCCGACGAUGGAGUGGAUCCAUGGGAGUCUGAAGACUAUGAUGAUGAAGAGGGCAUGGCCGACGAAGCGGAAGCGCUCGACAACGGCUGGAUGGAUUCUCAGUUGUCGGAGGAAUCGCCAAAAAGCCACGCAAAUCGGCAACAACAACAGCAACAACUGCAGCAGCAGCAGACGCCUCAGCAACAGCAGCCAGUGAGUGACGGCCCUGCAGUUGGCGAUCUCGUUCCUUUGCCGGAUCCUCCCCGUACGGGCAUUCUCAAAGGAGGCAAAUUAUGGCGAGGAGCCGUCAAUAACAACAACAACAGCAGCAGCAACAACGACAGUAGUCAGAACAACAGCUCUUCAACGUCGUCUUCAGCCGGCGCUUCAUCCGCCAGUGGAGAAGAGGCCACUUUGUCACGUCACGGUGAAAAAUCGCCAGCUGUCCGUUUCAUCCAUCUCAACGAUGCUCAGGGUGGAGGAGAUUCAGAGGAUGGAGCCAGCAACGCGACUGCAGCCAACUGCAAUACAACCGGCGGCCCGCCCAGCGGCGGAGGACAGUCUCAAAGAAGUGGAGGCGGCACUGGUACUGGUCAUCAUCACAACUCGGCCUUCCAGCAGCUGUUCCCACGAGCUAGAAAGCUUCUCCAAGAAUUGCCAGAGGCCGAAAUCCAGCGGUUGACCACAGCCGCUCGAGCCAAUAAUGCUCCGUCGUCCGUCUCGUCCGUGUCCUCGUUCGCCUCUUCUUCUUCUUCCAGGACCGGCGUCACGUCCCUUCUUGGCCAUUCGACCGACUCGGCCAUCACCACCGACACUACCGACGCAUCCGACCUCAAGUAUGAAAAGGCUUUGCGCGUUACGGAAGUGACAGAAGAUGCGGUUGAAAGUCAUCCAGCAGCAUCCGGAGGAGGAGCGGCUUCGGCAGCUGCCGCCGCCAGAUUGGGGGUGCACUAUUCGGCGGAUUACUAUCAAAUCAUCAAGCGGAUCCGCUCGGCGUCGGCUGAAACUGCCAGACAACAACAACAACGAAAAACGGAUCCCACUCCGCCGACGGCUGCCGAUUCCCUGGUGGAGCGGCUCAAAUGGCUAACGACGACGGAUGUUGAUGACGAGGCGACGGAAGAGUCGACGGGCGUGGCCGAGGAGAGGGAAGCGGCCGACGGAGGAAGCGAUCUGGAAAUGGCGGCCAUGCAACUUGCCGCCUACGCUUCCGUUCCGCUCGAGAAUGCGGAAUACAUCCAGGAGGGCCAAGAGGAGGAGGACCACUACCACCAUCAAACGGCUCUACGGUCAGCGGCGGCGGCGGCGGCUUCCGGAACUGGCGAGGCGCAAGAAGCGGCCAACACGUCGUCGGCCGUGCCCAGCGCCAAACCUGGCAAAUCCGGCGGCGGAAGCGGCGGUAGCGGUGGUGAGAAGAGCACGUACCGAAAACUCAACGAGCUCUUCUUCCGGACCAAGUCGAAAGAUAAGAACAAGGACACGAACAAAUCAUCGAAUUCGGCGCUCAACCGCAGUUUCUCUCCUCCACCUCCAGCGGAAGUGGAGCCCAAGAUGAAACCCUCCAAGAAACAGCAGCAGCAACCUCACUUGAUCCACAUCGUCGGAUUGGCGGGCAAAUCGUCCAGCGCCACUUUAUCCGGGCCCGCGACGGCCACUGGGGCUUCUUCUUCUUCCUCUUCCGGGGCUUCCGGAACAGAGACGCUAGGGCGGAUACCCAACGUGGUGCCGACAGUCGAUCACGUCUACCGGGCAGCCGUCGAUUUGGUCACGCGGAAUAGUGGACAACAGUUGAUGAGUCAUCCCGCCGGGUUGGCGGUUCACCAAUCCGGCCAAAUCGUCAUCCAGGGUCCUUCAGCCAACGAUUCUUACAGUUUGGACGAUAUUGAUGCCGCACUCCAUGCUCAAAUAUCCGCCGCCGCCGCUGCUGCCGCCUCUUCCGGCAACGGAGGAGCGCCGGAAGCCAAUUCUUCUCAGUGUCUGUACUUGAUGCCAGCGAACCAUCGAAUUCCGGAAGACUCCCGCGACGAGACGGGCGGAUCGCGGAGUUCGGGAAGUUCGGGCGACAGCGGAUUAGGUUUGAGUUCUCACGACACGAGUUUGACGGGCAUGUCCGACUCUGCGACGGACGCCGGAUGCGCUCAAGACGAGCUUCAAGCUUUUGUGAGACAGGACGCCACUCAAGGCCGGAUCGACCGCAUCAAAAAGAGAUACAGCGCAGCACUGGAGCCGGACGAGGCGGAAGAUUACGGAUUCCUGCGGAGGCCGUCGGUGCGAGGCAUCAAGACGAAAUUCGGGUCGACGUCUGAGAUAAUUCAGCAAAUGCAGGCCCAACUGGCCGGUCCUAUGCCGGCCGUCACGGCCGCUAGAGCUUCCGGACAAACGCACGUCAACUGGUCGUCUUAUGCCGAGCAGAGUUCCAUCCAGGCGGAAGCGCUGCUGGAUCCGCGCGAAAAGCGACGAUCAGCCAUGAUGGCCAUGUCCAAUUCGGUCCAUCUUCCAGCCCUUCCCGAGGAUGCCGGCUACUUCCACCAACACCAGCAACUGCUCCACAACGCCGGAACGGCUCAUCCGAACGCCAUGGUUACCAAUCGACCGGCCUCUGUCAUGAAUAUUUACGGAUCCACUGGCGAUCUGUACCAACACCUGAGGGCUCCCAUGAGGCCUGUGAUGGUCCGUCAUCCUCCUACCACUUCUUCUUCCGUCGCCCCUGGGGCUCAUCCGCAUGCACCCCAACUCCUCGAGAGAACGUCUUCCGUUUCUUCCGUCUCUUCGGCCAUUGACGCCAGCGCUGUUUACGGAACCAUCCGCAGGCAGCAGCCUCAAAUGAUGCAGCACCCUUCCUAUGCCCAUCCUGCUCUUCCGGAUUCCUUAUCCCCAACUCGAGACUACGCUCCGGCCAUGAUGAUGCAGCAGCAUACGCAACAGCUUCUCCUCCAACAACAACAGCAGCAACAGCAACAACACCACCAUCAGCUGCCUCUGAGGAUGACCGUCUCGACACCCGCUGGACCCUACAUGACCAAUCCGCAACAGCAGCAGAGGCCCGUGUCUCAGCAGAUGCCGGGCGGAUCAGUCGCCUAUUACGCUACUUCUCAAGAUUAUGCGCUGCAGCAGCAGCAGCAACUGCAACAACAGUUUCAGAUGCAGCAACAACAUCAACAACAGCACUAUGUUUACGCUACUCUUCCGGGCAAACGUCAGUCACCUUAUGGUGUUCCGGCCAACAUCCCUGUGUCUGUCGGUUCUCAGGUGGUGGUUGGCGGUGCUCCUACCGUGCUGGAUCCGACCCGCUACCGUCAAGUCUUGCCGCCGAUGACGUCCCAAGUGACCCUGCGGCCUUCUUCCGCCUUGGCCGACCCUCGAUACGCAUCGGUUUCGGUCGUCCACGGUGGCCAUCUGCAGCCUCCUCCGCAUCAUCCUCAACAGCAACAACAACAACAGCAACAGCCAGCUGCUCCGACGUUGAAAGACGAACGUGAAGGGCCGGAAGGGGCCAGUUCAUCCCCAGGUCUGACGCAUCAUGACGUCAAUAUGUAAGGAGAAAGGUCGAGAAUUUCGACCAGAUCCUUGUGCGGAUGCGAAUUUCCGUGAGUUGUUCUAAUAUUAGCCAAAGCAGGACACACAACAACGACGAAUCGCUCCAGUUUCCACGUGGAUAGUGAAACUGCUGUCGGCCUCAUCUCUGGAGGCCAACAGCACACACAAACAAUCACGGCAGAAACACAAGAGGCAAAAGGCAAUUUCGAGUUAACAAAAAGUGCGUGUGCGUUUAUUUUGAUGACGUGAAAAUAUUUUUUUCCCCCCGUUUCCUCGAAGAGAAAAUGUGAGCAUCAAAAGAGGUAAGAGGAAAAUAACGUGAUCUUUUUACAUUUGUUUUCCCACCCAAAACUGGACGGCCGACAUUGUUAUUGUCUCCCUUCUUUUUUGGGUUUUGUGGUUAUUUUUGGAGGGGAUUGUUGUUUAAAUUCAAAAUCUGAUUGCGCACACACGCACCUCCCUCCCACACACACACACACACACACACGCUCUCAUUCAAAUGGAUUGAAGAAGAAAUACCAACAAAACGAGAAGAACACGACUGCUUCUUCCCCAUCUACUGACUCCUUGUUCAUUUAUUCGUGAAUUUGGUACCUGCAAACGAUUCUAGUUUCAAAACAAUAUCCCAAAAAAAUUUUUUUUUU